GUGCCGCGGGUGUUCAUCGGCGAGCAGUGCAUCGGGGGUGGCUCUGAGGUGUCGGCGCUGCACAGGAGCGGGAAGCUGGAGGCCAUGCUGACGUCUAUAGAGGCCCUGCAGUGACCUGCUUCAGACCUCCCAGGGCCUGCAGGUGUGGUCACAUGACUAAGCAGCGAGACUUGCGUAGUUUGCGCCGGCGCUGCUGGUACUCGCUGAGCUCCUGCAGGUAUCCCCUGGACGGCCAGCGGAGCCUCUCCACCUGCUCGCGCUCAUCCUCUGGAACAAAAGACGUGCGGCCGUUAACCCUCACACUGCUGCACAUGYAACCUUCCCUGAUGCUCAGCUGAUGGUAAAAAAUAAAAAAAAACACUGCACAGAGAUUUACUGUGCUUGGCACACGCUCGCCGCGCCUCAAAACACUUGUAACCGCUUAGCUCGCUGCCGUGUGCGCAGCCAAAAGAGAUGAAAUAUCAAAGAGUUUGUUUGCACUAAAACAAGCAGCGGCGAGCGUGUGCCCUUCAGUACCCGUCCAAUGGCCGUAAAUGAGUCCUGUGUGACUGAUGACRACAAUAAAAUGUGUUUCUGCAACGUAA